UUAAGGAGACGGCGACAAGAAAAUGGCGAAAUGUUGAGUUGAGGUGUUUGACUGACAUUAUAUGGACGCUUUAAGUACUUUUAUUUGUACGUAAGUACGUUUAAGCGUGCAUAUUUCGUUAAUUAUUUACGCUGUUUCUUACCGGAGGCUACUCAGUUGUAUUUCUGAAGCUAACCUGUAACUUGUGUUAACUAGCGUUCGUUAUGAUAGUUAGCUGCUGUUAGCAGAAACAUGAAGUUGGCUAACGUUCACUGUAAAUGGCGUCUGCGUGCCCACACACAGUGAACAGUCAUCUGGACCACUCCAAGCUGGUGGCUGUGGGCUUGGUUACAUUUGACCGAGACAGACCCGUUUAAAUGGCAUAUCGCUGAGUUAAGGGCUCCGGAGCCACCGACUGUCACCGAGGACUUGCAGUUAACGGUAUGGCUUUACACAACUUGGUUUUUGUUAUCGAUGUGGAUUGUGGAGAUUACGAUUCAGACGACCCACUGGAUGUCAGGAAUCAUUUCGUCAAACGGGGAAUAUUACACAUUCUUCUGCAUUUCGGCUACAAAUAUGGAUUUGAUAAAGUGCGGUGGGGUCAUAAAUUCUUUCAGUCCAAGACUGGUCGUAAUGCCAGUCUCAUAUCAAGAGUGUCCGACUUCAAGGAGCUGCGGCAUAAAACAUUUGAGGACUUUGAGCAAGAGUUUGAAGCGAAAUUUGACGUGAAGGAUAAAACGUGUGCUUCUCAACCGAAGCAACAAUCCAACCCGUCUGCUUCAGUUCAAAACGCACUAAAGGAAACCCUGCUGGACUUUCAGUGGGACAGACCAGACAUCACCUCUCCCACCAAACUGUCCCUGAGGCCCAGGAACGUGACCCGUGGGGUAAAGGCUAGUUUGUCACAGGAAGAUGACAUUUCAAGCAAAGGGAGGAAUGUGGUGUUUAUUGUGUCACAGUGUCCUCAUUCUGGGACUCAACUUAUGGACUACAUAUGUAGCAGAGCCAAGGACCUCCCAGCAGAUGUAACAGAUCACAUCUUAUCCAAGGGACUUCAUGAUAUGCUGGUCCAGCAACAAGUGGUCCUCCACUGGAUCGACAGUAGAUCUCAUAUCCAGGUUAUGAGGUAUGAGGACAACCUUGGCUCUGACAAGCUGUCUGAGGUCCUAGCUCAGGUCGGUGGCAGAGUAAUCCCUGUGGUCACGCUGUUGAACCUCUCCUGCCAUCACAAGAAAGACUCAGGAGUCAUGAGAGAGGCCUUUGCAGUAAAGUCCAGUAUUGGAUACAUGCUGUCUUCUGAAAGGCUCUACCGCCUGGUUUUUCCUGUCGUAGGUGGUGUUCUGCAGUGGGAGCAAGGUCAUGAGAUGCAGAGCUGUGGUGUCACGAUGGAGCCGGUCUCUCGAAACCAGCGGCUUCUCCCGGAGUCUAUUGUAGUGUGUCUCAAAGGAGUGCUGCAGGACUUGGAUGCCUCAUCACUGGCACAAACCUCAUCAGAGUCAUGGGUGCUUCAGGGCUCUAAUAGCGGUGAACAAGGAGCUGCAGUUUUCCAGCAUCUCUUAAUGGAACUGUCUUCUCAUGCUCUGCACAUGCUAGCUGAGGUUAAUAUCAAUGGGCUGGUGUCCUCAGCAGUCCUCACCCCUCUGUCACAUUGUACAGCUCUGCUCACCAUUCUCCAGCCUGUUAUCAUUCAGCCUGACCAGAUCUUGAGUACAGAAAUCAUUGCCCCUGCAACCACUGAAACCUCUGCUGACCUGCCAGAUGUAGUGAGCAGUGUUCUGGGAGUUGUGUACGACAUCAUGGAGGAUGAUGGUGACAGUGUGAACGAAAAGCUUAAUGAUCAUCCAGUUCCUGAGUGGGCUCUACAGGAAUUCAGCCAUAGUCCACUGACAACAAGCACACUGGAGACUUGGUUCCCUCAGUCUGACCAGUCAGGGGUCAGCUCUCAUCUAAUGGAGUCAAUGAGGUUGCUGCAGGCAGUGCCAGAGCAGAGAGAAGAGGAGGAGUUGUCUGUCUUGCAGCAGGAACUGAUCAGUGGUUUGGCUGAGCUGUACCAGACAUCCCAGGACUCAGACAAGAAGAGGGGCAAGAAACGUGGCGCUCAUCGAACACCUGUGAAACAGAAGAUGAAGACUAUGAGCCGUUCACUGCAGAUGCUGAAUGUGGCACGCCUUAAUGUCAAAGCCCAAAAGAACCAGGCUGAAGCUGAGCAGCUUGGGACUGAUGGGAGGCCGCCAGACAAACCAGGAAAGAGACGGUCAAGUGACAGGAACAAAUCUGGAAGGACCAGCACCAUCAGUUUUACUAGUGAGGCAGAGUUGCUCUCCCAUUUGAAGUCCAGUUAUGAAAAGGCUCUGGCAGAGAGAGACUUGACUGUCCUGACAGGUGUUCAGCAGCUUCUGUCUGCUGUGAAAACUUUCUUUUCUGCUGAAUCAGAUCCUGAGGUAAAGACUUCGAUGUUUAUCCAGCAGCACCUCCUCAAGACGAGCAAAUCAAUCAGACAACUCUAUGGCAUGGCUGAUGAUUCUGAUAGCAAAGUCAGAGAGUGCCAGCUGCAGGUGGUGUUGAGGCUCGAGUUGUGCAGAAUUUCCUUGGAGAUGUCUGACUCACUUGAUGUCGAUCAGGUAGCAGAGGAGGCGGCUGAAAUGCUCAGGAUAAUCUCCCUGACAAAAGACCCAGUUUGUCUUGCAAGGUUCCUCCAAGAUGAUGUCCUUCCAGGGUUCAUGACCUCUGUCCCCAAAGUGCUUGCAGACAUCUACCACAGCCUGGGCACACAGCUCCCUGAGGCUUUAGUGGCUGUUCUGCCCAUUGACUUCUUCAGCGACGAGUCAAUUGCCAAGGACAGCAUUUCCCCGUCAGCCUCGUCACCUUCCGUCUCCGUACACAGCUUGGUUUCAGGUGGCAAAGAUUGCUUGCAGGACCUGCGAAAUCGCUCAGCCAACAAAAGGAGGAGCGGGAUGUUGACUCGUCAUCGCAGUAUGACUGAAUCCUCACAGAGUCUUCGCCAAAUAGAGAUAACCAAAAAGUCUGCAAGAGCUUCUAGAUCAAAAGUCUGUGUUGCUGUGGAGAAAACUGUUGCAGAACCACAACCACAGAAACAAGAAACACAAGAAGUGACCAAGGUGAGAAGAAACUUGUUCAACCAAGAGAUUAUUUCACCCUCAAAGAAAGCCAAACUGCCAAGGAGCCAGUCUGUGUCUGCAGUGGAGGGACUCAAGCGUAAGCGAUCUCAUGAAUCUGAAGAGAGGCACAGGCUUCUCACAAAUAAGGUCUGUGAGACACCUGCCCACAAGCAAGUGUCCAGUCGCCUCCUGUACAGGCAGAAAAUGGGACGGAGAUCGGUCUUUAAUGAAGAUUGCAUUGUGGAAGAAUCGCCCGUAAAACCUGGAGAAGACCUAAGAAGGAGCCCACGAACAAAGAAGUUUGCUCGAAGAAAUUCAAACACCUUCUACUCAAGCUCUCAACCUCGUUCCCGUAACCUGGACAAGGCUCUCUCUGCGUCCCAACUUAAUCUCAGUAUCUCUGAAUUGAAGCUGAAAUCCGUUCGGUCUCCCAUGCGUCUUCUUUUCGGGGCUGCCGAUUCCCCCAGUCGUCCUUCUGACCAAUCUCGUGCAAACAGGGCCACCAGGUCACGGCUGUUCACAGACUCCAGCGUAUUUGAGAGUCCAAACAAGACACCAACAAAGUCACCUGGGAAACGUGGGAGGGCUCCUACUGGGAACAGGACUCCUAGGACGCCCAGGACGCCUCAAACUCCUAAACUUCCCCAAACGCCACCUUCAUCCAGGCAUGUUUCCUCUGUUGCAGAGAGCCCUGUAGCAGGCGGCUCAUGUGGACGUGGUAUGGCUCUCAGGGGCAGUCCUUUCAGAUCUCCAGCCUGCAAGUCUCUUGUUGUUGAGACACCUACUAAGCAAAGCCUUGUGAUGAGCCCUCUGAAAGGCAUUCUCAGGACACCAGUCAAAGCUUUGAUUGAGUGCAGCUCCACCUCUGAAUUACAACUGAGUAGCCCAACUCCCAGGACUCCCAAGAAAAGUGUCACUUGGUCUCCUUCUCCUCAGAAACGCAGAGUGGUGGAGAGCGCUGCUACUUUUAAAGUACCAGAAUCACCCUCUAUGGCAACUCGCAGUUCUUUGAGACUGCAGAAAAGCCCCAACAGCCCUGCCACAAGCACAAACACUAUAAGACAUAUUUUCAAGACUCCAGAAAAGACUUGUCAAGUGAACCUAGUGAGGAUGCCUGAACAGGUAAAUAGGUCCUCAGAAAAACUUCACGUCUGGAUGAAAACAUCUGGAAAAACUGACACUGAGUGCCCUCAAGAAACACCUCCUUCACAGUCCACACCACCUCUAGACCCCCACAACUCAACUGAAUGUAACACUAAAAGUCAAAUUAAGAUCCCAAGUCCCUCCCACCAAAUGACCACUCGCUCUGGAAGAACUCCAUGUAAGCCAGUAUUUACACCACGACGAGACACUACUGUUUCAGAAGGUUUAGAUACUAUGGGAACGUCUCCAGCAAAGCCAGUGUUAAGAUCAGUGUCUGGUCAAGCUGGUAGGACCACCAGACAUAACUUAAGAUCCCAUUCUAGUGAGAGUUUUGCCUCUAAACUAAACACGGCAUCUGUUCACAACAGGGAACUUGUGGAAAAGAACAUGCGCUCAGAUAAAAAAGAAGAGGAGCAGACUGAAACAUCUCAUUCCUCUGAAACUGACUCUAGUUGCAACGCGGAUUCACAACAGUUUGACUCUUCUCGUGUCAACUUAGAAAGCACAGAUGAUGAUAGCAUUGACAUUGUCGAGGCAGCAGUUGUGAAGGCCCAGUUUAGUGGAGGCCUUAAGAUGAACAUUAGCUUUUCAAGGAAGCCUUCAGUGUCUAGUGAAGACUUUCUGUCCAACACAGUCUCUCCUAAACCAUCCGUACCAUCCCAAGGCUCAACCAGCCGAACGUAUGGCUUCCGGAAGACGCCUGACCGCCAACAACGGGAGGCCGCUGCUCGUCUAGGGUACGGAAAUGGUUCCCCUCAAUUUUCAACGCCAAGAGACCCAGCGAGACGUGGCCGACAAAAAGGCUCAGGUACUCCAAAAUCUCUCACCUACCAAGUAGAAAUGGAAAUGCAGACAUCUGGUCUUCCCAGACUCAAAAUAAAACGCACUGAUUCUAUGAAUUCAAGUGACUUUGCUUCAGAUGGUCCUCAAUCAGGUGCUCAAAGCCCUUUAGUAGGUAUGAAAGCUCAUCUGGAAAGUCCCGUGGCUUUGCUCUCUAAACUCAGAGAGCCUGGUUGCAUUUCACCAUCUAUCUGUGCUCAUGCCACCCCUGGGAAGGGUGGAAGUGUCCAGACUUACAUUUGCCAGUCCUACACCCCUACACGUCAUCCUGCGGAAACAAUGUCUCCAGUGGCAAUUGCGGACAUCAUUCCCCUGACUCCUUCCCCUCAGAGUGUAGGGAAAGUGACCCCAGACAACCUCAACAGCUGGCCUCGCAGGAAGAGAGCUCACAUUGGAGUGCUUGCAGGCAAAGAUCGUGUCCUGAAGGGGGAGCCUCAGCUGGAAGACUUGCUGGAGGAAGCAGAACUUGGAGUUAGCAGGUUACAAGACACUGAGGAUACUGAUAUACCUUCAGAUAGCAAAGCUGAAAUAUUAGCUUUGACUUCCAAACCAUCAUUUGCAGCUGGAACCCAAGCAUCGCCUCUCUCUCCACUGAGAGAAGAAGAUUUUUACUGGAUGGAAAAACUGCCUCAAAACACUGACACAGAUCCUCCCAGAGCUGAGGACGAAGUGAUCUGGGCUCCUGAAAGUGGAGACGUCCAUUCAGUAGCAACUCCUCCCAGCACAAAGAAAAGAAAGCCGGUCACAGCCAGUGGUAUUUUGGCCCUCACUCAGUCUCCACUGCUGUUCAAGGGCAAAACAGGUUCUGCUAGUAAAAGAAAACAACAUUUCCAAGAUGAAUCGGCAUCAGGGAGGAGGACGGAGGAAGUGGAUGGAGUUGAGCCGUCUCCCUACAGCCAGCCAAUCAAACGCCAGAACACUGGAAGGACCUACAGCAGGAAGAGACUAAUUCAAUGAGCAGCAAAAACACUGCCCUUCAUGUGUUUUACUCUGAAGUUGUCAGCCUUUUGAUGGUAUAUCUGAAAGACGUCUUUCAGCCCCUUGAAAGGUUUUGUAGAUGAAUAAAUGUCCCUUUCACUGCUCUGACAAUGCAGCUGACCUUGACAUUUUCUACUCCAACUGGUGCCUUUGUUUUCAUCUGGACAUUUUAAGAUUAUCGCUUGGUUAAAACCUGAACUGACAUUAAUGCAGUUCUGGCCAGAUAUUAAGAAUUAUCUACAGUUACUGUUAAUUGUUUUAUCAUUUAAAAUGUGCCGUAUUUCCUGCUUUGGCUCUUUAUGCAGCUAAAACCUUAGAAAAUGGUAAUGUGAGUCAAAUCAGCUAUUUUACAAUCAAGUCUGAGCCUUAACUUGUUGAUGUAAAUAUUAUUGGUGUGUAUUUAUUAGUUUGUUCUUGUCAUGAAUUUGUUUUUAAUGGAAAAACCUAAUGGUUGAUUUUUAUAAAUAUUCUAUGUUGCCAAAGUCUUGUAAAUAAAUAUCCAUUUUCUUAAUCAUU